AGGGGCUUCUCCACGUCGGGACAAAUGUCUGGAAUUCCGUUUCCGCUUUAGGGAGUGGACUCCGAUAUUUUGUUCCCUCUUGCCCUAAAGUUGACGUCUUUUUGGGGGGCAGUUUUUCCACCAACUGUCCGGGAUUUAACCGUCAAACAUGGCGUCCUCUCCUCAAAAAUCUCCGUCUUCUCCAAAAUCCCCGACGCCCAAAUCUCCGUCCACCAGGAAGAAGGAUGACUCUUUCCUGGGAAAACUUGGUGGAACUUUGGCAAGAAGAAAAAAAGCAAAGGAAGUGUCUGAGCUUCAGGAGGAGGGAAUAAACGCCAUCAACCUCCCACUCAGCCCCUCACACUAUGAGCUGGACCCUGAGGACACCAUGCUGGAGGAAAACGAGGUGCGGACCAUGGUGGACCCCAACUCCAAGCAUGACCCCAAACUGCAGGAGCUCACGAAGGUGCUGAUCGACUGGAUAAACGAUGUUCUGGUGUUGGACAGGAUCAUUGUGAAGGAUCUAGCUGAGGAUCUGUACGACGGUCAGGUUCUGCAGAAACUGUUUGAAAAGCUGGAAGGUGAGAAGCUGAAUGUAGCAGAGGUGACCCAGUCAGAAAUCGCUCAGAAGCAGAAGCUGCAGACGGUUCUGGAGCGGAUCAACGACUCGCUCAAACUCUCCACCAGGAACAUUCGUUGGAACGUUGACUCGGUUCAUGCCAAGAGUAUAGUGGCCAUCCUCCACCUGCUGGUGGCGCUGUCACAACACUUCAGGGCUCCAAUCCGACUGCCAGACCACGUUUCUAUACAGGUGGUGGUGGUCCAGAAGAGAGAGGGCAUCUUGCAGUCCAGGCAAAUUCAAGAAGAGAUCACUGGAAACACUGAGGCCUUCUCUGGCAGACAUGAGCGCGAUGCCUUUGACACCCUUUUUGACCACGCUCCUGAUAAGCUGAAUGUCGUCAAAAAGACACUGAUCACCUUUGUGAACAAACACCUGAACAAGCUCAACCUGGAGGUGUCAGAGUUGGACACGCAGUUUGCAGACGGGGUCUACCUGGUGCUGCUGAUGGGGCUGUUGGAGGGAUACUUUGUGCCUCUCUACAACUUCUUCCUCACUCCAGAGAACUUUGACCAGAAGGUCCACAACGUGUCCUUCUCCUUUGAGCUGAUGCAAGACGGCGGUCUGGAGCGGCCCAAGCCCCGCCCCGAGGACAUCGUGAACUGUGACCUGAAGUCUACGCUGCGCGUCCUCUACAACCUCUUCUCCAGGUACAGGAACGUGGACUGAGCUCUCUGUGGCUGCAGCUUCACCUGAACACACGCCACUUUCUGCACGCAUGAAGGCCUGCAGCUUUUCUGCUGCAGAGCUCUUCCACUCACCAUCAUGUAUUUAUUUGAGAUUCGGAAACUGUUCCGUCUUUCUUAAGUGCCUUUUUGAGCUCAACCUCCUGGAUGCUGCGAUGGAUGAGCUCCUUUCUUUUUUCUUUUUGCUGUAAUGCUACAGAAGAAAACAUGGAAGCCAAGUCUUUUUCUGUAUGUAGAUGUUUAGUUGUAGCUGAACUUGCAUAAAAGCGUUGCAGAUGUGGGACCAGCUCAGUCUGACUGAAUCUAACUGCGUUUUUGCUUUCCCUCCUUUGUUUGGAGCAUCAAACAGGCUUUAUGUUCAGAUGCGUUACAUGUAAUAAACAGUUCUUUGGCUGAACGCUGAA